UCAGAGAGCUGAAAGUCUCGUUUUUGAAACCACAGAGCCAUGUCCGUGAUCGAGAAAAACUGGCAAACAACAAAGCCGACUAUCAGAGAAAGAAGCAAGCACAUGUUCAACAAUGAUCUCUUCAGUGAUGUCAAGUUUGUUGUGCGAGGAGGGCCCAAUGGCGAAAGUGAAAGUAAACAAGUGAUUCCUGCUCACAAGUUUGUGUUGUCGAUUAGCAGUCCUGUGUUUGAAGCCAUGUUUUACGGUGAGCUGGCGGASACUACAGARUCUAUUGAACUGCCUGACGGUGAGUACGACAGUCUGUUGGAGUUGUUUCGUUACAUGUACAGCGAUGAAGUGAUCUUGAGCGGAAGUAAUGUGAUGGGACUGUUGUAUUUGGCGAAGAAAUACAUGGUGCCUUCACUGGCUGAUAAAAGCACCGAAUAUCUGCAAGAAAACUUAGAUCCAUCAAAUGUUUUCAGUAUCCUGAUCUCUGCUCAGAAAUACGAAGAGAAAAACCUGGUGGAUCGAUGCUGGAAAGUGAUUGAUAAACAAACGGAAGAGGCUGUGAAAUCAGAUGGAUUUGCGACAAUCGAGAGAUCUUUACUUGAAGCAGUUGUUGCAAGGGACACUCUGAACAUAAAAGAGGUAAAUUUGUUCAAAGCAGUCAAUCUGUGGGCAGCAAAUGAAUGUGAGAGACAGGGUUUAACAACCGACGGCGAAAACAAAAGAAGAAUUCUUGGAGAAUCGAUCGUAAAAGGAAUACGCUUUCCAGUGAUGAAAGAAGUUGAAUUCGCUACUGAUGUCAUUGAUAGUAGAAUUUUGACACCAGAGGAAGUUUUCGCCUUUUUCAAAUAUUACAAUUCUGCAUUGAAUUCUCCUCUGGAAUUUUCAGAGUCCGUGAGAUCUGGUUUCCACGAUGAUAACAUUCACCGCUGUGGUAGAUUUAACUCAAUAAAUGUACUUGGUUUAAUCUCGAGGACGACCGACAGUAUUGAUUUUACUGUGGAUAAGGACAUCAUGUUGUAUGGACUGUGUUUGUUUGGAAGUGAGAAUAAUGACUCCACAGUGACUUUGACUAUAAAGGAAACCCUGCCUAAGCUAACCCUAGCGUACAAAACAGGAACAUUUUCUUCCAAGCUGUUGCUGCACGGGAACAGAAACUAUUACGGAUUUGACCUUUUGUUUGAUUCUACAGUUAAAUGCAAAAAGAACACCAAGUACGAAAUCAAAGUUGUUAUAUCUGGGCCUUGGGCUUGGACAAGAAUUGAACGCGCCAGCAUUGCUGUUUGUUCUGACGCGAGAUUUACAUUUACGAACAACGCGAAUAGUAGUAAUGGAACUACUGUUGAAGAGGGACAAAUUUUUGAAAUAUUGUUUUCUGUGCUGCCCUAAUCACGCGUAGAUUUAAAAUAAUUAUCUCCUUUACGGCUGCAAUGACUUGAGUAAUGGACGUUGUCGAAACCGACCAGCUUCGGAAACAUGAUCUAACAUGAUGUUAACUGACUUGCGUUCAAAUUCAUUAUAUAUUAUCCUUUUAAAUAACAGUGAUGAAGUUCUUAUUUUAGUAAAUUCGCCAAUUUCUAGCCAGGAGUAAAAAUAUAUUUUCUGUACAUCAAUUUCUCAAAUCAGCUUUUGGAGUUAAAGUAGUGGUAAGGCUAAUAACCAAUGUCUAAUUAGCCUUGUACGCAAAGUUCUUUGGGUGAAACGUUACUGAAUGUGUCUUGAUACAGCUUUUUCUGGGCCAUACCAAGCAUUUUCAAUCAACUUUUGUAAGUUUCACCUUCAUGGGAUCGAAGUGAUAAUCAUACCAGUAACUGGAAAGAGAUUGAAGUUUGGUACAAUCUUAUGGCAACAGAUAUUUCCAUGGAAACGAUGAACAAAAAAAGAAUUGAAAAUCGACAAAACAUGAAUUUUGCGCAAAUCCAAGGUGAUCUAUAAAACCUAGUGCCGAUGUAGAGUAAGUAUAAGAAGGUUUAACAAGAAUAAACAUUUUAAAUAAAAAGUAAAUCGCACUAACAUUUCAAAUUAUACCUUUGUUUUUGCAUAGCAAUAGUAAAUGGACUAACAGUUGAACACUGUUUCGACAAAAUUGCUUCAAACAAUAACAAAAUGUAUCUUAAAGUUAUCGAGAAAGAAUUGAAAAUCGACAAAACAUGAAUUUUGCGCGAAUUCGCGGUAAUCUAUAAAACCUAGUGCUGAUGUAGAGCAAGUAGAAGAAAGUUUAACAAGAAUAAACAUGUUAAAUAAAAAUUAAAUCGUACUAACAUUUCAAAUUAUACUUUUGUUUUUGCAUAACAAUAGUAAAUGGACUAACAGUUGAACAUUGUUUCGACAAAAUUGCUUCAAACAAUAACAAAAUGUAUCUUAAAGUUGUUUUAAAGCCAUGAAAGUUAUGUUGGUUUUCUUUUCCACGAAUGCCAACCACAAAAAUCAGCAGCACAUCAAACACUUGCAAAUAGAAACUACCUAAAAAGAAAUUGGCGUAACAAAAUAAAAAGCGUACAGCAAUUUUCGAUUGAGUGCUGUAAAACCAAAACCAACAUUAUCACAAACAAUCUAACGUAGGGUUUGUACUCUUUUAAUCUUUCAAAAUUCCAUGACUUUCCAUGACCUUUUCCAUGACUUUUCUGAGUUUUCCAUGACCAAAGUUAAGUAGCUAUUCUAACAGUAGUAUCAAAACAAUCACUCAUUUAACAUAUUUUCCAGCAUUAUAAUGGAUAAAAUGCCUGCUUGUGUCUAUUUGUACUGUAAUUAAAACCUGUUUCAGACUCAUCUGUUAUUUUUUUCGAUUUUUUU